GGAAAAGCGUCAUUAUACCACGAGGAUUAUGGCUGGCAGCACAGCAAGUAAGCAGCUCAUAUUGAUUUUAUUUUCAUUCUGUAAAGUCAAGAAAUGGUAAGCCCCAACAAUAACCGAAGAGCCAAUGGCAAGUCGAGAUGAAUGCUCGCGGCCAACCGCAUUGCUGGUCCCGGCCCCACCUCGAGCCUGGGCUCGUGACCGCCACCUUCUCAUGGACAAGCAGCUCACUUGCAACUCCGACAAGACAACUCCAACUCUUUCGACGGCAGAGGCUCAAUAUCGUCUGCCUCUUAAUCAGGCAUUGCUCGACAUAUGGACCGUCGCACAUCUUGGACUCUACCUCAGCGGUGCCCAUUAGCCGCAGCCGUGCUUGGUGGAUCAUGGACCUCCUCCAGAAAGAACAUGAUCGGGUGUGGAGGCGUUUGAAGGCUGGCAAGACAAUCAACGAGGUGCAAUCCACGAUAGACUUGCUGCAGGAAGCUCGGAACGCUAUUGCUGCUGACCCGACCAAGGCUUCAAUCACCCUUGCUAAGCUCCAGAACCCUGUUAAAGCAUCGUUUGAUACAACAAACGACAGUUUGAAAGAGGCACAUAGCGGUCUCAAUAAGUACACGAAAGCAUUAGAGAAGCUGUUCAAGGACCGACCUCUUCCUAGUACCGAAUAUGACGCUUUAUCAUCUUCUCCUGCCCUUGUCAACCGAGCGAUAGCCAUGCAUCUGCUACGAGAAGGGCAGUUUUCCGUCGCAUCUACUUUCCUGAGCGAAAUCGCUCAGGACAAAACCCCGGCUCAACCCGAUUACGAAGGCUCGGGUCGCUCAAGUGACGAAAAAUUCCAGCCAGUUUUUUCAUUGGAUCAGAUCCAAUCCGGUGAAAUUCGAGAACAAUUUGCCUCGAUGUACUACAUUCUGCACGAGCUGAAAGAGAAGUCAAACCUCUUACCGGCAAUUGAAUGGGCUAGGGAAAACAGAAGUUUGCUGGAGGCUAGAGGGAGUAACCUUGAGUUUGAUCUAUGCAGACUCCGGUUUGUUUGGUUAUUUCACGGCGGAAACGAUCCUCAGUCUCCAAUGACGACCCGGCGACAAGCAGCGCUGGAUUAUGCUAGGCAGGAAUUUUCAAACUUUAUGCCGCGACAUUUGAAGGAAAUACAGCAACUCAUGGGUGCCAUGGCAUUCAGUCCCAAUCUUCAGGCUUCACCUUAUCGACAUAUUUUUAAUAACACGACAGCUUGGUCAGAUGUGUCUCAGUCAUUUACUCGAGAAUUCUGUUCGCUCCUCGGACUGUCAGCAGAUUCGCCUCUUUACAUAGCCGCUACUGCCGGUGCUAUCGCUCUUCCGACUCUUCUAAAAUUGCAAACCAUCAUGAAAGCUAAGAGAACUGAGUGGACAACGCAGGAUGAGUUACCGGUUGAAAUACCACUCCCCCACUCUUAUCUAUUUCACUCUAUUUUCGUAUGUCCCGUCUCUAAAGAGCAGACCACCGAUCAAAACCCACCAAUGAUGAUGCCAUGUGGGCAUGUCAUUGCCCAAGAAUCCUUGCAACGGAUUAGUAAAGGCAACAAAUUCAAAUGUCCGUACUGUCCAAACGAGAGUCAUCCCAGAGAUGCUCGAAAAGUAUUUCUGUGAUUCUCUUUGUUUCGGUUUCUUUUUACCUCGAAGAUCACUUGCGCUGGCGUUAGGUUGGACUUCCAAGUAUAUGAAUGACGACUAGGAAGAAUGGCGUUGUAACUUCACACAAAUACUACCACAUAUAUAUGAUAUUUAUUCUUACCUCCAGGAAAUUGGAAUCUUUUAUCUCAGCUGUUUCAAAUGGUGAAAACAAUAAAGAGAUAAUAUCUCCGCCGUAAUCGUGUGACAUGCUAACCAUGAAACCUUCAAAAUAGUGGAUUCAUGUUCGUAUUAUGCCUUUUUACCAACUCUGAUCCCAUCCCUCCACGGUCGAAGCGAAUGACGAUCAUUGCCAGUUGCUACCCGAAACGAGUCAAACAAAGCCGAGUUAUUAA